UAGUUCCAACACCAGUUAACAGAUGAGUUAGGCGGAUGCAUAUGAACACUUGAAGGUCGACCGCAUUAUUGAGCGUGAACAUAUGCAACAACAGUGGUACCAAUUAAUCAAGUGAUAAGAAGUAGUAAAAAUAGGCGAAUCUGCCGAGAAGAUUCGUUUGGCGACCGAGCGGCUAUCGCGCGCGGCCCCUGUGAAGGUGAAAGUUUCAUCAACAAAGUUUGCGUUCAAAGUACCGCCCUCUGCUCACCAGAAAGUAUAAAAGGCGUACAACAACGGCGAAUCCUUUCUACAAUAUCAACAGCCCGAGUACGGAACGGAAGCUCUCCGGUGGCAGUGUGUUGUUUUAUUAAAUCACCAACAAAGAGGUUAAGUGUCGCUAAACACAUUCAUACCUACAGUGGGAAAAUAAUAUUCUAGUGUUGCGCGUCGUGACAAGAGUUUCCACCGAAACCGGAAAGCGCGAGGGGCGGAGGAGUGUUACGUUACCGCUCUUGUUCGAGGAGCACUUGACUUCAUUCGCAGAACUUGAGUAGUACCUUCCAAGAAAGUGGCAAACAACAUACACUUGAACUAGAAAAUUAAACCUCAGAGUGUCUUGUCAGACAAUUCGCCGCAAGCACAAGGCUCGGAUUGAAAAACUAAUAUUUCCACAAACAGUAGUGGGUGGCAUUCCGAAAUGCAAGCUGUGGGACUGCUAAUAGCGCUCGUUUUAGCACUGUGCUGCUUCGGAACGGUUCGCUGUUGGCCCGUCAAUCCCGAGGUGGUGGACAGUUUGAUAUUCAGCAACCCGGAAGUGGCUGCCCAAUCGAUGCGGGAGAUUCCCCAGUGGCAUUGCUUGCGGUACUUCAAGCAUGACAUUCACCUGAUGAGACGCUGUCGCAACUAUCGCCUGCACAUGCUGCGCCGGCCGAACGACAUGAUCUGAGAUGGGGAGCUUCGAUUGGAAGCCGGUAGCAGCCAGCCCCGCCCGCCGUUGGGGGGUGAGGUUGGUCGUUUUCCGUUUUUCAAACAAAAUAAUACCGAAAACAAAACAACAAUUUUAUCAUUCGAUGCGCUAAAUAAUUGAACAGCAGUGUCAAUGGACUUCCUACCGAAGCAACUAUUCAAACUCAAGCAGAAGUGAGGGGAAAUAUAAACCAAAUGUAGUCAGUGACCAUGAGGUUGACGAAUGACGAAAAACAACAACCAUAUUAUAUAGAUAUAUCCAACAAUAGCAGUUAUUUCUACCAUCAGGACGCUGAGAGAAAAUAUGAUAAGAAUGGUCCACGAGAAAGAGAAUAGUCUGGAGAAUGGAAAUUAUAAUUACCAUUUCUUCUACCUUUGCGAUUUGCGAUUCAGUUGGCACGUCAGGCACGUUUUUACUGAACAACAAAGUUAUUAUCACAUACAUAUGUAUUGCGGGCAGAUGAAUCUAUGAUCUACGAUUAUGCUUUAAAGCUGUGACUGUUUUUUUAUUUUUAUAAUUUAUAAAUAAAU